AUGCCGGGAGACUCGCACACAAAGCCUGGGAAACCUGAGCGCGCCAGUGCCUCCGCACACGGACACACAGAGUCUCGCUCUCAGUCAAAAUCUCCAGCGGGGAGUCCUGCUCGUGUAAAAUCGGAGAGCAGGUCAGGAUCUCGUAGUCCAUCAAGGGCUUCUAAACAUUCCGAAUCCCACUCUCGAUCAAGAUCAAAAUCCAGGUCGAGGUCAAGGAGACAUUCUCAUAGACGCUACACUCGAUCCAGGUCCCACUCUCAUUCUCAUAGGAGACGAUCACGAAGUAGGUCGUACACACCAGAGUAUCGUCGUCGAAGGAGCCGAAGUCAUUCUCCCAUGUCUAACCGAAGAAGACAUACAGGCAGCAGAGCUAAUCCAGACCCCAACACAUGUCUUGGAGUGUUUGGUCUCAGUUUAUAUACAACAGAGAGAGAUCUUCGGGAAGUAUUUUCCCGUUAUGGACCCUUGAGUGGUGUCAAUGUGGUUUAUGAUCAGCGAACUGGACGAUCCCGAGGAUUUGCUUUUGUUUAUUUUGAGCGAAUAGAUGAUUCAAAAGAGGCUAUGGAGAGGGCAAAUGGAAUGGAAUUGGAUGGCAGAAGGAUCCGUGUGGAUUACUCCAUCACUAAGAGAGCACACACCCCCACACCGGGCAUCUACAUGGGGAGACCUACUCAUGGUGGUGGCAGACGUCGUGACUCUUAUUACGAUCGAGGAUAUGAUCGAGGAUAUGACAGAUAUGAAGAAUAUGAUUACCGGUACAGAAGAAGAUCACCUUCUCCGUAUUACAGUCGAUAUAGAUCACGGUCAAGAUCCCGUUCCUAUAGCCCAAGACGCUAUUGAUGAAUUGAACGGUUGCUAUUGAGGAGUUGGAUUUUUAAAAUUCUGGAUUUCUCCAACCUUUUAAUCUUCCCCACCUCUCAAGAACCCUUAAAAAAAUCUUUGGUUUAUUUAGAAUCUACACUUUUUAAGUUGAUAUAUUGCUGUUUUCACCCCUUUAUUAUACUCUGGAAGAUAUAAUUGUUGUAGUUUUGAGUAGUCGAACAUCUUAAACAAAACUUAAAGGAAACCCCAGUGUUAAUACAUUUUGUAAAUCCUUUUUUGUUUUUACAAAAAAAAAAAAAAUUUAACUCCUGUCUUAACCAAAUGAGGAAAGAAAUUGAUGUUUUUGAAAAGCCUGUUUUCUGUGAAUUGUACACACAUUAUAACGAAAUUUUCAUUGACAAAUAACUUGGUGUUUGGGGGUGUUUUGUUUGUUUAUUUUUGGUUAACUGUUUGCCUGUUUAUUUUAAGAAAAAUAGUAACCUAUCUAAAACUGUUAAUGACAAAUUUAAAUGUGGGGUGGCAUGGAACAGUCAAAUAGUUGAGUGUAGAAAGUUUGAAGCUGUAGAAGAAAAAUGAUUCUUGAUCAUUUCUUUUGAAAGGAAUAAAAAAUUGAACCCUAAAAAUUAGGUCUAUGUUUUAGAGAUGAAAAGCUUGUGGACUCCUGCACAACAUAUUGCAUUUGAAAUACAUCUGUUAAACCUUGCAAAUUUAA